AACCACGUAUACCGAUGAACGGGGCUGUUUUGGCUGGAAGCUAACUGGUUAGCGGACGGUCUGUCAAGUCAUACACAUUGGGCUUGAUAGGGACAGCACGGCAGUGGAGAAGAAGGGCCACUCAAGCGCCGCUACGAAAUGGCCGGACAACAGUUCCAGUAUGAUGACAGCGGCAACACAUUUUUUUAUUUCUUAACGUCCUUCGUCGGACUUAUUGUGAUCCCAGCCACAUAUUACCUUUGGCCCCGAGAUCAGAAUGCUGAACAACUGCGGUUGAAGAGCCUGAGGCGGGUCCAUGGCAGGUGUCUGUGGUAUCGGCUCAGGCUGAUGAAGUCCCAGCAGAGCAUCGUCCCUACACUAAAGAAGGCAGCCUUGUUGUUCGGGUGGGCUGUGUUUUUGCUGCUAGCCUACAAGGUGUCCAAGCUAGAUAGAGAGUACCAGGAGUACAAUCCCUAUGAAGUCCUCAACUUGGACCCGGGUGCGUCACUUUCAGAAAUAAAGAAGCAAUACCGUGUACUGUCACUAAAAUUCCACCCUGACAAAGGUGGAGACGAAGCAACAUUUAUGAGGAUUGCCAAAGCCUAUGCGGCUCUGACUAAUGAACAGUCGCGACAGAACUGGGAAAUGUAUGGCAACCCAGAUGGCCCAGGAGCAACAAGUUUUGGUAUUGCCCUGCCUGCCUGGAUUGUGGACCAGAAGAACUCUAUGCUGGUGCUGUUGGUAUAUGGGCUUGCCUUCAUGGUCAUCCUUCCUGUUGUUGUGGGCACAUGGUGGUACCGAUCCAUUCGCUACAGCGGAGACCAGAUCCUCAUCAACACCACUCAGCUCUUCAUGCAUUUCAUGUACAAGACACCCAACAUGAAUAUGAAGCGGUUAGCCAUGGUGCUGACAGCAGCUUUUGAGUUUGACCCUCGCAGCAAUAAAGAAGCUACAAUUCGCCCUACGGACAACAUUGAAGUGCCACAGUUGAUCCGUGAGUUGGGAAAUAUCAACGUAAAGAAGAAGGAGCCCCCGUUCUGCUACCCCUAUAGUCUGAAGGCCAGGGUCCUAGUUCUUGCUCACCUCGCACGUAUGGAAGUUUCUGAGGAUUUAGAGGAAGACCAAAGGUUUGUGGUGAGGAAGAGCCCAGCCCUGCUGCAGGAGAUGGUUAAUGUGGGCUGUCAGCUCACCAUGAUGGCCAACAGCAGAGGAGGUUUCCAUGCUCCUCGGCUGGUGUCCAUAGAGAACUGUAUGAAGCUGACCCAGAUGAUAGUGCAGGGCCUUCAGGAGUCCAAGUCACCGCUGCUGCAGCUGCCCCACUUUGAAGAGGAGCACCUCCGCUACUGCAUCUCAAAGAAGUAUAAGGUUCGGAGUCUACAGGACCUUGUGAGUCUUAAGGAUUCAGACAGACGCAGCAUGCUGCGUUUCUUAGGGGAGGAGAAGUACGACGAGGUCAUGGCAGUGCUGGGCAGCUUCCCUCACAUCACCAUGGAAACAAAAUUACAGGUCCUUGAUGAUGAAGACAGCAAUAACAUCACAGCAGGCUCUAUUGUUACAGUCACUGUCACCUUAACCAGAAAAAGGAUGGCGGAGGUGUUUGAGAAAGAGCAGGAGGCAACACCUUGUCCUGGAGAGGAGGCUGCCAAUACAGAGGAAGGACAAGGAGACUUGAAUAAAACCAAAACCAAAGUCUGGCAGAACAAGAGUAAAGGGGCCAAGAAGACAGCCAAGUCCAAGAAGAAGAAAUUAACCAAGAAGAAGGCCACACCUGCACCUGCCAAAGCUAAGCAGGCCAAUGGCAAUGUGGCAGGAAACGAAGUGGUAGCAGCAGCAGCAGCAGCCGCAGCAGCAAAGGAAGAAGAAGAGGAGGGUUCAGACAAGGCCAGCGAGUCAGAUGAGGGCGAGGCCAACAAAGACUCACCCAGUGAGCGAGACGAGGAGAGUGACAAACAGAGCGACACUGAAGUGGACGAGAUCGCCGGCGAUGAUGAGGAGCAGGAGUGGGAGGCAUUGCAGCAGAGCAUCCAGCGGCGAGAGCGGGCCCUGCUGGAGACAAAGUCCAAGGUGACUCACCCAGUCUACAGCCUCUACUUCCCCGAGGAGAAACAGGAGUGGUGGUGGCUAUACAUCGCUGAUCGCCGAGAGCAGACCCUUGUCUCCAUGCCCUAUCAUGUCUGCACGCUCAAAGACACAGAAGAGGUGGAGCUGAAGUUCCCAGCCCCCUCCAAAACAGGCAACUACCAAUAUUCUGUCAUACUUCGCUCAGACUCGUACCUGGGACUGGACCAGAUAAAGCCACUCAAGCUGGAGGUCCAUGAGGCCAAAGCCAUGCUGGACAACCAUCCUCAGUGGGACAUCCCAGACACAGAGGAGGAGGAUGAGGAGCAGGAGGACAGCGACGGCAUUGAGGAGAGCGAAGAUGACGAUGAGGACAACGACUGAAUGCGUACACACACAAAUACACAAACACAUACACACACACACACACACACACACACACACACACACACAGCCCCCAUGGACUCACUGCUCAGCCACUCAUAGUUAACAACAAACACUCGAGCAGCAAACCAGGAACAGUAAAGCCGUUCCCACCACACACAUACACAACACACACACACCUACACACACCGUGGACUAUUUCUACACACAGAGCCCCCACCCCCCUCUUUACCUUUACAAUGACAUGGACUGUGACCCCAAUCCUCUAUCUCCCUUUUCUACAGAGAUCUCUUAAAGACUUAUUCAUUCACUCUCCGCUACUAGUGGAAGAAAGUUCUGUGAAUAUUUACCCAGGCCCACGUGUGGUUGUGUGCGCGCGCGCAAGUAAGCGUGAGCUUGUAUAUUGGUGUAUGCCAUUUGUGUGUUUGUAAGCAUGUGUGUGUGUGUGUGUGUGUGUGUGUGUGUGUUUGUGUUUGUACAGGUAUGAAAGAUUGGCACACUGUGGACUGGGGGACCUAUUAUCUGGGCUCUUUUCUUUUCUUGGGGAAGGGGGAUGUGUAACAAAAAAAAAAAAAAAAAAAAAAAAACAAUUCACAAAAUAAAAAACAACACAUGGCCUCUGUAUGGAAAUCAUUACAUUGUUCCAGCGCAUGAUUUUGAAAUCAUUCAACCCAACAGUUUUCUACACCAUUCGCUGUUUUCUGCACUUACAUGCAGUGGUGCACAUUUGCAAGCCCCGUGUACCGGGGAUCACAACCCAGGCUGCCAGUGGGACGUUUGCUCAUUUCAACACAAGGGGGCAUAGCUGAGUCUCAUCACUUUUCAUUUUCCAUUGUCACACCAGCUGAUCACUAAGUAUGUUGAAGGAGAUGCAGAAAAUCUGCAGAUGGACAUUGAUCUCUGGUCAGUGCUAUUAUUCAUAUCUGCUCUGUCCAUUUGAUCCACGUUAAAGUGGAUUUUACUAGAAGAGACAAUUCAGUUCUUGGAGCAGGGUGAUCUACAAAUGAAUCAACAAACCAAGUAUAAUGGGAGAAAAUGGCAAAAACUUUGAGUGUUUUCUUUUUCUUGUAUUAUGAGUCCUCUUGUCCAUAUACUACAUAAAGUUGUAAAUUUCUCAGUCUUUAAGGGGUUCAGAUGCUGACGUGUAGACAAUAUUCUAAUGGCUUUUCAGAGAAGUGUCUUUUCCUUUGUCCUCAUCUUUGUUUUUUACAGUUGUAGCACAUUCCAGUAUAUACUCAUCAUCCAAAAAGGCCUUAUGAAUACAACUGAAAACCACAACUUACACUUUUAUAGAGGAAGUCCUUGGGUGCUAUGCACCGAUGGUUCUUGGGAGAGCAGUCAAAUGUUAUAAAUUUUCUUUCUUCCUUUGUGUUUGUAAUGAAAUGAGUAUUUUUUUUUUUUUUUUUUGUUUUGGUUAUUUUUCGGGCCUUUUGUUUCAGUUGGUUUUAGAUUAGUCUCUUCAUAGUUCUUAUAGAUCCUUAGUCCUAGGAUAGAUAAAAAAUUGCCAUCACACACAGAGCCUCUAAGUGUAUUAAAAGAGAGUUUUUGUACAUGAAACAUGACCGUAGGUGGGCUUUGGCCUUGGACUUGGUGUUGAAGGGACUGGAGCACUUGAUCAUGAAGUCCCUGAAACACACACUUAGCACCCUAACUGUCUAUUCAAAGUUACUUGUCAUCUAAGACUAAGCAUAUUCUGUCCAUUUUUUGUGGUCACAUAGAGCAGAACAAGCUUAGUUUUAUGAACUAAAGUGUCAGAUUAAAAAAA